CGAGACGUAGUGCGAACUGAGAUACGACAAUUUAACAGUUACACCUCGCCCAUCCUGUACCAAAUGCAACAAUGAUCAUUUGACUAUACCAUUGGCAGCAUAGGCUUGAGAAUUGAGAGAAACAACAUGAGCUUGAUGAAUAAUUUACAGGUUUACUAAUGAGGACCACCUGGCUGUCCACAAGCAUAAACAUGAAAUGACGCUCAGAUUUGGACCCCCCAGGACCGACUCUGUCAUCAUUGCAGACCAGACGCCGACUCCCACUCGUUUCCUGAAAAACUGUGAAGAAGUGGGCCUGUUCAAUGAGCUGGCCAGCUCGUUUGAGCCAGAGUUCCCUAAGGCCCAGGAAGACGAGGGCAAGAGGGCCAAGAACCCGUUGCCUGCUCCUAAUUCAGGAGCACUAGACAUGAGUUUACAGACACCCUCAGAUUUUAAGGUGAAGGAAGAGGACCCUGUCGAUGUGGAUUCGUCUCCGCCUGACAGUCCAGACUCCAUCUCAAGCAUGUCAGAUAGCAACAGAGAAUCCGCAGGCAGAGAAAAGGAUUCUCCCCCAAAACCGGCUAUCAGUUCGGCUCCUACCCCAGCCAUAGUGCGUCCUGGUUCCCUCCCCCUGCACCUGGGUUAUGAUGGUCUACAUCCCACCAUGCCCUCCCCUACCUCCGUCAUCACACAUACCCCACCAUCUAACCGCACACUGGUGUCUCCCACUGGGCCGUACCCAAUGAUGAUGCUUCCAAAUGGUCAUACAGUUCCUGUGCUUCCAGGUCCUGUUCAGAUGCCCUCAGUAAUAUCUUUGGCAAGACCCCUGUGUAUGGUGCCCAACAUUCCAGGAAUACCCGGCCCUCCACUAGGAGGCAGUAGCAGUGGAUCGUCCUCACCCUCUGGUUAUAACCCCCACCAUGAGGCCAAGAUGAGGCUGAAGGCAGCAUUAUCUCAUCAGAUGCCCGCAGCUCAGGGUUGUCUUGGUGUGGCGAUGGGUUCUAGUGCGAUGGUGCCUCAGAGGGCGGAGCAAAGCCAGCUGCUGGUCCAGCAUCCAGAUGCCCCAUCCCCAGCCCAGCCACAGGUGUCCCCCGCUCAGCCCACUGGGGGUCGCAGGCGGAGGACGACAGAUGAUGACCCUGAUGAGAGAAGGCAGCGCUUCCUUGAGCGGAACCGGGCAGCUGCUUCCCGCUGCAGACAGAAGCGCAAGCUGUGGGUCAACUCUCUGGAAAAGAAGGCAGAGGAGCUCACCUCCAUGAAUGUCUCACUGUCGAAUGAGGUGUCUCAUUUACGAAACGAAGUUGCUCAUCUAAAGCAGCUGCUGUUAGCCCAUAAAGACUGUCCAGUCACCACGCUGCAGAAGAAAGCCGCCUAUAUGGGAGAGGAGCACAUGAAAGAGACGUCUGAGCCCACGGGCUCCCCAGCGCCUGUCAUUCAGCAUAGCUCUCUGGCCCUAAGUCCUUCAUCUGCAGUUGGCCCCAAUGGUUUGAGCUCCCGUGCGGCGGCCGAAGCUGUGGCCAUGUCGGUGCUGGCAGGAAUGGGCAGCCAGCGAGGGGAGAGCGGCGGGCCAUCACACAUCAUCAUAGCCACACAGUCGCACCCUUCCAACAGAUGAUGAGAACAUCUAACAGUCUGCCUGGGACUCUCUGCACUCUCCCGGCAGAGGGGCAGAUCUACAGGAGGAGAGCGUGAUGAACGCACCCUCUUCCUCCUCUUCAGUCUUGUUCUCUCUCAAGCCAUCAUACUCUGGCCUGGAGCUCAGCUGUAUUCUGGGAAUGAACAGGGACUAUAUACACACAGAGAGAGAGACAGGAGAUUGUUGUUCAUUAUGCCAUAGACUACGGGGGCUGGACUCCAUACCACGCUCUCCUUUGCAUCCUGCUCCUUCCUUAAACUUCCUCUCCUCACUCGCCGUUGUCCCUGACCUCCACUGGCUGUAGGACUGCAAAGCACUUCCUGUCAUUAAACAUACCCCAUAGACUUAUGCACAUACACGCGCUGCAAUAAAGACAUCUUCUGAAAUGUGAUCGUUAAAGGGAUAGUUCUUUCAUAAAUGAAAAGUCUGUCAUCAUUUACUCACCUUCAUGUUGGUUCAAAUACAUAUGGAACACAAAAGGAGAUGUUAGGAAGAAUGUUAGCCUCAGUCACCAUUCACCUUCAUUGUAUGGAAAAAAGAUCCAAUGAAACUAAAUGGUGACUGAAGCUAACGUUCUGCCUAACAUCUACUUUUGUUUUCCACAUAAGUAACAAAGUCAUACUGGUUUGGAACAGCAUGAGGGUGAGUGAACAAUGACUUAAGAUUUCAUAUUUGGGUGAACUAUCCCUUUAAGCGAGAGAAUGCAACACAGAACACUUGGUGCACAUGUGCUGUAUUGCACAUUAAUUCACAUCCAUGCUGUGUCUCGAGGUUGCAAAAAUGCAAUAUUUUAUAUAUCUUCUUAUAUAUAUGUAUUUGUAUGUGUGUGUAUUUGAGAAAGAAAAAAUGAUGCUUUAAAGUUCUAUUUACUCUUUACUUUAAUUCCUUUUUAUUUUAGAGCCUUUUUUUUUUUUUUUUCAGGUUGCCAUCCCCUCAUCUGUUCCUCGCUGAUAUCUUACCUCAUUGUUAACCUGUUAUAUACAGUUGUGCUCAAAAGUUUGCAUACCUUGGCAGAAAUGUUGAAAUUUUAGCACUGAUUUUGAAAAUAUGACUGAUCAUGCAAAGUGUUAUUACACGUCUUUUAAGGAUAGUGAUCAUAUGAAGCCAUUUAUUAUCACAUAGUUGUUUGGCUCCUUUUUAAAUCAUAAUGGUAACAGAAAUUAUCCAACUGGCCCUGAUCAAAAGUUUACAUACCCUUGAAUGUUUGGCCUUGUUACAGACACACAAGGUGACACACACAGGUUUAAAUGGCAAUUAAAGGUUAAUUUCCCACACCUGUGGCUUUUUAAAUUGACGGUGUGCAUUUUCAAGGCUUUGGAUAUAUUUUUAUAUCCUUUUCCAUCUUUAUAAAGUGCCAUUACCUUGUUACGCAGGUCUUUUGACAGUUCUUUUCUGCUCCCCAUGGCUCAGUACAUAGCCUGCUCAGUGCAUCCAUGUGAGAGCUAACAAACUCAUUGACUAUUUAUACACAGACACUAAUUGCAAUUCAUAUGAUCACUAUCCUUAAAUAAAAGAGUUUUUUUGCAUGAUCAGUCAUAUUUUCAAAAUCAAUGCCAAAAUUUCACAAUUUCUGCCAGGGUAUGCAAACUUUUGAGCACAACUGUAUGUUUAUAAUCGAUGUGUGCAUGCAUGCUUCUCACGUAAGUGUACAGUAAUGUACGAUAAAAUAUUGCAGUUUGUGAAGGACUGAUACACUAAGACUGCCUUGUUAGCAUGCAAACUAUUGGUAUAUGUAAACUAUUGUAUUGGCACAUUGAGUUAAGUUUGGGUAUAGAACCUGAUAGUUGUUGUUUAUUCGGUCAUUUCUUUGUUUUCUUGUAACUUCAUACGACAAGCUCAGAAACCACAAAUUGCAAACUGACAAAGGUCAUGAUUGACAAUUAAUUGUAAUCUGGACCCUUGCGUCUGGUCUAGUGUCUUGAAAAAUCAGUGUACCAAGUGUCCACUGUCAAGAAAUGCCAUUUCUUUCCCCUAUGAAGUGAUCACAAUGCUUAGUUUCACGUUAGUUUGAGUAAAGUUAGACCAUAAGUAAUUAAUGAGGCUUCUGAAGUAAUCUUGGUCUUUUUAUGCCCUAUCAUUUUCUAUUUUUAGUCAUUUUCUUGCUACAAAAUAAUUCAUGAGAUUAAACCCUGCUGCUGUGUUUUCCGCUCAGUUUACAGAAAAAACAGCCUAGUGUCCCUGCGUCCAUGUGUACUUCUGUUCAGCCACUUUCAAUAUCACCUGACUGUUAAAGUUCAUAUCAGGAUGCACUGUAACACUAUUUGUUUCUCUGGUUGUUUAUCCAUAUAUACAUGCUCACAAAGACAUUAAGCCCUGAUAAAUAUUUUGAAAAGACAAGGAUUCAGCCUUACAAAUCACAUGAGAGCCUCCAAUGCUUUCUAGGUUACCCUCACUGUGGAUUACAUGCCCAUGUGAUUGACUCAACUGGUCAUUUGCCAUAUUCAGGCAUAUAUCAGGAAAUCUGACACAUUUAUAUCUGUAGCAUCAGGCCUGGGGGAUUAAUUAAAAAUGCCUUAAAUAGUUUAAUGGUAUGCAGUGAAAGAACACUGCCUUUAAAGGGAUAGUUCACCCAAAAAUUAUAAUUAUCUCAUUAUUUACUCACUUUUAUGCCAUCUCAGAUGUGUAUGACUUUCUUUCUUCUGCAGAACACAAAGAUUUUUUAGAAGAAUAUCUCAGCUCUGUAGGUCCAUAAAAUCCAAGUGAAUGGUGACCAGACCUUUCAAGCUCCAAAAAACACACAAAGGCAGCAUAAAAGUAAUCCAUACCACAAAUGGUUUAAUCCAUGUCUUUUGAAGAGAAAGUGAAAGUGGAGAUUUACAGUAAAAAAAAGGACUUAAAUAUUGAUGUGCUUCUCACUCACACCUAUUAUAUAGUCUCUGAAGACAUAGAUUUAACCACUAAAGUCGUUUGGAUUACUUUUAUGCUGCCUUUAUGUGAAUUUUAGAUUUUGAAAAUUAUUGUCACCAUACACUUGCAUUGUAUGAACCCACAGAGCUGAGCUGUUUUGCAAAAAAUCAUUGUUUGUGUUCAGCAGAAGAAAGAAAGUCAUUCACAUCUGGGAUGAUAUGAGGGUGAGUAAAUGAUGAGAGAAUUUAAAUUUUUGUAUGAACGAUCCCUUUAAUUGUAAUCAUAUUCUAUACUGCCACCUAGACAUAAUAGGGUGUUAUUACAUCUAACCAGAAAGGCUGCAGGGAACAAAGUGUCCAAUUCUACUGUUGUUUAAAUGAUUCACUGUACUAAGAUGCAUGUCCAAACACAUGGUCUUUUUACACAUUAUCAGACACUUUUACAAUUUAGGCAGAAUAUAAACAGGGGACUAAGAUUUACUGUUGUUUCUCAAUAUAUGUAACUUGAAUUUUCUUUUGUCAUUUAUGUUAUUUGCAGUGUGUAGUACUGCUUCAAUACAUAGGCCUGCAAAAUGCACUAAAAAGAUAAGAAAGAAAGAAAGUCUUGGAUUUAAUUUUUCUGUUUGGGAUCUCAAAGAUUGUCAUAUUCUCUUUCAAGCAAUGUCUAAGCAUCAAAACCCAAUAGUGACCACUUGACUGAUGUCUCACAAAUGACUGCUAGUUUGUGUUGACCCUGGCUUUUUGUGUUGUAUUAUGUGCUGGCACUGUCAGCAGAACCAUAUAAAAGGAUUGCUGAUCUGAAAUUAGCAGAAAAGAGAACUUUUAAGCUUUCACUGGCACUUUUUUAUAGAUUUUUUUCUUCAUUGUAUGCUGCCAGGACUAUACAAAUACAUAUUGUAAUUAAAUGCUUCUUUAAAUUUUUUGUGUCAUUAUACAGAAAGGUAGAAAUUUAUUUGUAGACUUUAUUUUUUUUUUCUUCUAACACUUUGUAUACAAAUAUUUGUAGUUAUUUGUAUUUUUAAAGAAUAAUAAGAAUGUCCUGAGAUGAUCCAUGUCUGCCCCUCUCACUGGUAAUCACUUUGAAGUUGUACCAGAAUUCAUAAUUUUGAUGGACUUAAUGAUCCAUAAUUCCAACUUAAUACGCAAUUAAUUUAUUAUGGAAUUAGUUCACACAAGUCAAAUUGAAUGCAGUGUCCCUGAGAUAGUUAGAAUGAAAAAAGUUAAAGUACUUUUAGAAUAGGAUGAUCUUAUAGGCUAAAGAAAAAGAGAUUUUGAAAGAAUUUGUUUAAGGUGAAUGUCUUUUAAUGGGAAAUAUCCUCACUCCAAGUUGGACUGAUAGUUUUUGGAAUUGUCCUUGUAAUGUACAUAUGCGUACCAUACAUAUUUACUAUUUUUCAUGCAUGUUGAAGUGAAAUACUCUGAACACAGUGCUGCAGUUUUUAUUAAAGAAAAAUAAA